AUGGGGCAAGAAAUGUUGAUGUUUUCCAAGUGGGAAGCCAGGGUCUCGGCCAAGGUAGCGAAUGCAAGUGCUGAUCAAAUAUGGCCAUUGGUUAAAGAUUUCUUUGGGAUACACAAAUACUUCCCAAAUCUCCAAAUCUCAUAUGGCAUCGAAGGCAAAAAUGGUGAGAUUGGCUCAAUCCGUUAUUGUGAAUCAUGUGAUUUGGUAAAAUCAAGUGAUGAUGAUGAUGAUGAUGAUGGGAAGAAGCAGCCUUUGGUGAAUUGGGCUAAGGAGAGGAUAAUAGGAAUUGACCCAAAUGAAAAGUCUCUGACUUAUGAAUUAAUUGAUAGCAAUAUUGGGUUCAAUUCUUAUGUUUCAACCAUGAAGGUGGCGACCAUGAACAAUUGUGCAAAAAUCAGUGAUGAUGAAUCUGUUGGAUGUGUUCUUGAAUGGUCAUUUUCAGUUGAUCCGGUGGAAGGCUUCAAAUUUGAAGAUUUAGUUACACAAUAUCGGUUGUGGCUGCAGAAAAUGGCUCAAAACAUGAAGGAUUUGUCCCAGUAA